AUGGACGCGAAAUUCAAAGACUUCGUUGCGCUGUUCGCUAACUACCCGAAACCGCAGAAUGACAUGGCCUUGAACAACAAAGCGCCCGUGACCAACGGUGCAAACGGCACGAGCCCCUAUCCUGCACCACAACAAUCUGGAGCACCGCCCACGCAAGGCCAUCGCCCAUCCCGAUCCACCGAAGAGGAACAGCGGUUGCGCGCCGGACCGCGUGCGCCCUCGAAGCUGAAAGAACUCAACAUUUUUGCCAGUCCCGACCGUGGUGAGAACCGAAAACCGAGGCGCAACUCCGAAUCUUCAAUGGUUGACAAAGGCUCAUUGACCACAGAGGAGGAGAAGAGGCGCCUGGAGAAGCGAAAGGAGAAGGAUGUGAGGGGCAAAGACCCGAGGCCGCGCGAUGGGCGAACCGCCAGACCCAAGAGGGCGCAGGGAGUGGAUCUGAUUGAUAAGUUAGACGUGACUGGCAUCUACGGGGCAGGACUCUUCCAUCACGACGGACCCUUCGAUGCCUGCAACCCGCACCGCAACCGCAGGAAGGACAACCGAGCUCCAAUGCAGGCUUUCCCAGCUGGGUCGGCCAACAAUGCGCUUGGAGGCUCCGGACCCCUGAAGAAGAACAUAGAUCUUGACCAGUUCCACGGCCGCGGCACCGAAGGCUUCACCGACUACGCAACCACAAGCGCCGAGCCAUACGAACAGAAGAAGCGUCCGUCAGUCGACCGCACAAUGUCCUUCAAUCCCAAGGACCGAGGCGAAAUCAUCCACGGGGAAGAAACAUACGGACUCGGCACCUCGACCUUCCUCGAAGGCGCACCAGCUUCGCGCACCGCCAUGCAGCGCCGCGAGUCCGAGGCAGAAGCACAAGCUUUCCAGAACAACGGUAUCACCCGCAAGAAGUCCCUCGCGCAGCGCAUCCGCGGCAUCUCACAGCCACGUCCCCGCUUCGGCGAACAAGGCUCCAUCAGAUCACCUGAAGCGCGCUACGAAGUCCGUCCUGUUGGCGCCACCUCUCCAGAUACCCCUCAGUUCGCUGCGAUCAACGGACGCAGUGGUCCGCAGACUACGGGUGGUAGUAUCAAGAUGUACGAGAAGAACCCGUUCUUUGAUGAUUACGAUGAGGCAUAUGAGAAGAAGGGCGCUUCGAUCAAGGUUGCUGAAAGUGAGAAAGUGGUGGAGGAACCGAGCAGAGCCGGCGCGUCUAUCAGUCCGAUGAGAGGUGUACCUCUAGAGCGAAGAGUAACGGUGGACAGUGGGCGUGACGGCGAACAGAAGCAGGGCGUUGGAGGGUUUCUGAGCCGCGUCAAGUCGCUGAAGGGUGGACGGCGGUCGCGGCCGGAGCAGCGACGGGGCUCGUGA